UUGGGUUGACCCGAUGCACUUGUCUUCUUGACCCGGAAGUGCGGAAACGUUGGUUCUGCUCAACUGCGAAUCACUUCGCUCACUAUUCCUUCGGGAAAUUUUACUUUUAUUUUUAAUUAAAAAGACAGAAAAUUGAAAUGUCAAGGCUUUGUUCUCAACGGGUCUUGCAAGGUCUCCUUCGGAGGCACAUCGGCAUUAACCACCACCGCUUAACCACCACCACCACAACGCAUCAUUUCUCAAAUUCAAUUGCCGCGAAUGGCAAUGGAAUAUUCUCCAACAGUUGCAUCUUUUCCCUCCUCCGAUCGCCAUCGAAAUUAUAUUCAUCCUCCUCAACCACGACGCGCCUUCCAUACACAAUCCCUAAAGGCUUGGGUGGCCACGGCAUUGGUGCUGUCCGAUUCAGGUCCACGAAGCUGCCGAAACCUGGCGGCGGUUUCGGGAAGAAGUUGUUCGAUAAACCGGCAGCCGCCGUGAGCUCUGCGUUUUCGCGGUACAGCGAGGCAGUGGGUCUGCAAAUUGAAGCGUUUUUUAAGCGGAACUCUCUGUUUCUGUAUGGCGCUGCGGGAGUUCUGGUUUGCGCUUUGCUGUGGAAGAUGAUGUAUGGGAUUGCCAGCGCCUUCAUUGGAUUCUCAGAAGGGAUGGCAAAGUACGGCUUUCUUGCUCUUUCAUCUGCCAUUGUUGCUUUCGCUGGGUUGUAUAUCCGUUCAAGAUUCACAAUCAACCCUGAUAAAGUUUAUAGAAUGGCCAUGACAAGGCUCAACACGUCUGCUGCGACUCUUGAAGUUAUGGGUGCCCCACUUUCAGGAUCUGAUAUAAGAGCCUAUGUGAUAUCAGGGGGUGGGAUUACAUUGAAGAAGUUCAAGCCAAGUAUGAGGAGCAAGCGCUGUUUUCUCUUUUUCCCCAUAAGAGGUUCUGAGAGAAAGGGUCUGGUCAGUGUUGAAGUCAAGAAAAAGAAGGGCCAGUAUGAUAUGAAGCUGUUGGCAGUUGAUGUUCCGAUGGCUUCUGGCCCAGACCAGCGGUUGUAUCUGAUUGGGGAUGAAGAAGAAUACAGGGUUGGUGGAGGGCUGGUAGCUGAGCUACGAGAUCCUGUAGUGAAAGCAAUGGCCGCAACGAAGGAGUUUGAUUACCUUGAUGAAGUUGAGGAAAAAGAGGACGCUGAAAGAUCACGCCUGGAGGCCGAAAGAAAGGAGCGCGAAGAAAUCGAGAAGCUUGAAAAUAGUGGCAACCGGUAGUUGUGAUUCAUGCAAAUCUUCCAAUUUUUUCUCUUGUUGAUUAUAUUUAUGGUUUAGAACUCAUUUAUUUUGUUUCAAUUUGAGUUGUUACAAUGUUUAGAACACAUUGUGCCA